UAUUACAUACAGAAUAUAUCUCUUAUACCACACACCUAUUACAUACAGAAUAUAUCUCUUUUACCACACACCUAUUACAUACAGAACAUAUCUCUUAUACCACACACCUAUUACAUACAGAAUAUAUCUCUUAUUCUGCACACCUAUUACAUACAGAAUAUAUCUCUUAUUCUGUACACGUAUUACAUACAGAAUAUAUCUCUUAUACAGGUGCCACAUGUGGAGCAGGAUCUGCUUACCCUUCUGGAGCACCUGAGAUCACCCCCAGUUUUUGGUGGGAUUUGUGUUCCUCAGUCUUUAGUUGUCUAUGUUGUGUUUUGUGUACUGUUGUUUGUCUGUAGGUCUUUUUCUUUUUUAUCCAUGGGAUUGUCAGUUUUUUUUUUACUUAAGAGUUUGAAUGUCCCUUUGGUAUCUUUUGCCUCUUUUAUACCACACACCUAUUACAUACAGGAUAUAUCUCCUAUACCACACACACCUAGUACUUAUAGUUAAUAUCUUUUAUACAUGUAUUUGUAGAUUGCUAGAAAGAAAAAACAGAAUUUCGAAGUAUGGCUCGUCCUAAAGAAAAAAUACUGUCUUCUAAAACAAAAUCAUUUUUAGAACGCUGUCAACAUGAGAAAGACAAUUUGAAACAGAGUGUUAUCAAACAACUGCAAAAAGAUUUAGGAAGUCUAUUACACAAUGAAGAACACUCUGACCUGUUGAUAAGAGCAGAAGGAAAAGAGGUUAAAGUUCAUAAGUUCAUUUUGAAGUCAAGGUGUCCAGCAGUAUUUGACCGAUUUCUAGAACUUUCCAUUGGAGAAGACUUAGAUGUGCUACUCAUGCCAUCAUGGGUUACAUAUAAAACUGUACUGUUUAUUGUCAGGAAAUUAUAUUUUGUUGAAACAGAACCAUUAGAUGAUACUAUUGAUAAACAAGACGAAAUUCUAAUGGACUACCUCAAGUCACUGUUGUUUCAGCACCAAAAUGUAGCAUCUAAUGGUUGUGAAAAGAUAAAUAACCAGCAUCAGAUUACGAUAGAAUCUGAAAAUUGUGAGAAUAAUAUCACAAAUAAUGGAUGUGAAAAUCAUGCAGACAUGGCAGAUUCAGACCUUUGUCAAAAAGAAACCACUUCCAAAGUUAAAGAACAAGGUGCACAAACACUUGGAGAAGCUUCAGAAGAAGACCUGACUAUUCAUAGUUUGAACAAUGUAAACAAUCUAGAAGGUAUCCACAAUGAUAGCAAAAUAGAAAAUGAAUGUGUGAAGUCAGGGGAGUUAAAUGAUACACAAUCAUCAUUUUCUGACAUGAUUAAGUUGUCCUAUGGCUUGACUCUACCUUAUGAAACUUGUAACAGAGUUGGAGAAGAUUUAUUGAGGGGCUAUCUUCAGGAGAUCCACACAGAUUGUCAAGUUAUAGUUUCUGGGGACCAUUUCAAAGUUCAUAAAUGUAUUUUGUCAUCAAGAUCCAGUUACUUUGCAGCAAUGCUUGGAGGGUCAUGGAGAGAAACAGAGUCAGAUAUAAGUCUUGAAGGAGUAUCUCCGAGUGUUGUAGAACAACUACUGUUAUACCUGUAUGGUGGAGUGGUAGACCUGAUGGAGUCAUGUGCUGUAGAGGAGUUUAUUAUGACAGCAGACAUGUAUGGUUUAGAAGGUAUCAAGGCAGUAGUGGUCAGUUAUCUGAAGAGAGAUUACUGUCAUAUGUUUCAUAAGUUGUGUGCAGGUUGUGAAGAACUGUUACCAGAGGCCUUGACUAUAUCUGUGGCAUUUCGUAUGGACCCACUGAAGGAUAGGUGUGUAGACUGGAUCAACAGAAAUAUACUGAAGAUGUGGAGAUCAAAAUCCCUGGCAAAACAACCACAGGAAGUUUUAGAUGUUUGUUAUGAAAAAGCUGUGGAUGAAAUGAACGAAGAGACAGUGUUUGAAAUCCUGCUGAAUUGUCAGAACUUGAACCACAAUGUUCCACGGCUGAGAUGGAGUGAACCUUUAUUGUGCCUCAUUACAAAACUCAAUGAUUCUGCUAUAGAAUUCAUCAGUUUUAAUUUUGUCCAAGUAUUAAAAAGUUCAGCAUUUUAUAAACUGGAUAAGGGACUUGGAUACAAGAUCAGCCUACUUAAAGAUAUAUUUGAGGUUGUGAUAAAAUCUCUGCCAAUCAACAAAGCAUGUGAGGCAUAUCAUUCAUUGUUACUAAACUGUAUACAGAUCAAAGAGGAUGAAGAGGAAGGGGUAUGGAGUCAGGAUUUUUGCAAUUUCAUCACCUUCCUGUUCCAAAAAUGUGAAGAUUUUCUCAAGCUCCAUGUACAUCAAGUUAUCAAUACACCUGGUUGGGAUUUACUGUCUAAAGACACACAGGCAAAAUUACUGGAAGGUGGAAACUUUGUUGUGUUGAAAAAUCCAAGUCCCGAUCCAAAAAAGUUGGCAAAGGCACGAACAGAAAUUAGAAGACAUUACAUACCAGUUCCACCUGUCAGAAAAACAACAAAAGUUAAAGCAAAGACUGUUUCAAAAACUAAAGAUAAUGGUUCCAAAACUCAUCAAAGCAUACCCACUGAUCAAAACAAUGGUAAUGACAUUAAAGUAGGAGGGGAGACAACUCAGGAUCAAGCUCAAAAUGCAGGGGAAGCAAAGGCAUGUGGACCAUGUGCAGUACAGGAAGAGAGUGGAGCAUGUGCAGUACAGGAAGAUUUAGAAGUAUUAGGAGCUGGUGUUCAAAUGGAGGCAGCAGCAAUUGACGAACUGGUCUAUAAUGUUGAGCUAGCUGAAGCAUUAGAUUUUACAGAUGUAAUAAUCCCAAUACUACAUUUUACUUUUCAUAGUAGUUAACAAUUGUUUUUAUCAGCCAUUAUUUUAUAUGCAGAUUUUAAAAUGAUUUUUUUAGAGGUUGUGAAAGUCAAUUUUUUCUUGAUAUGUUUUCACCAUUUAAGUUUCCAUCACCUAUGUUGAGAUUGGGGAUUACUGUUUGGAAAUCAUUUUACACAGAUGAAGAAAAAACAUAUUGAGCACAUCAUUUGAAUAUUUUAUACAUCUUUUGGAAAAUUUAGAAGUAAUGUAUAUCUUAAGGCUUAUUUGGUCCAAAAUAUUUACUGAUAAUAAUAAACAUGUUUAGCACCCUUUUAAAUCACUAUUAAUUUUAAACUUCAGAAUUAAAAUUUUCUAAUAAUGUAAGCAUUAACAGAGGUGUAAUUAAACAAGUUAACUGUGACAUCCGAAGGUGAAUUGAUAAAGAUGAUUUGUCAGUCUUUUGUAGCAAAAUGGGCUAAUCCUAAAUGAUUUUUAAGCCAGCAAAUAAAUGAACAUAAAAUACAGUUCCAUUUUGAAUGUCUCUUUAGGCAAGGAAUGUGCAUUAUAUUAUUCUUACAAUGUUUGAGAAACAGUGAAGAUUUUGUGUAAUUUCUACAUUAAAUUGUCAUUGCAAUACCAUGUAACACUUAUCCAUUUAAGGGAAAUAUUUAAAACCCAAACUGCAAAGUUUUUAUAGUCAAUAGUUUAUUCCUUAAUUGUGCAAACUGGAGAAUUUUUAAAUAAAUCUGAUUUUAGGACCCCAAAUCAUUUGUUUUUUCAUUAGCUCUCAGAAUAAAAUAUAGUUAGUAUAUUCAGUGCUUAAAUGACUUCAAAGUGUUUCUAUUGCAAGAAUAAGAUGCACUUUCUCACAAUAAUUGUAACUCUUGCAUCUUUUUAUAAGUCUAUCAUCAUUAAAAUUAACAAUCCAACAUUUUUUUUUUGUAAUUCUUAAGACUUUAUUUGAACUGAAAAGCAAAUUUGAUGUUUUUUGUACAACUUGUAGACCUUUACCAUUUACAAAAACAAGUAUUUCAGAACUGUAUUAUAUAUUUUGUAAUAGAUAAAUAUUGGUUGUAGAAGAUGAACAUUCAAAUUUAUGCAUACAUUAAAAGCUGAGUUUUACAUUAUUUGUACUAAUGGAUUAACUAUCCAACAGAACAUUUGUAUAUUUUGUGUUCUUGAUUUUUAGGUCACAAUAUUUGUAUUUUACUUUAGAACAAAGUAAUUUAGGCCAUCCUAAAUAGCUGUUCUGUUUUCUAAGCUUCCAACCUAACCACUCACUUUUGGAAUUGAUAGUUUAUCUUAUUUUUUCCAAGGGCCAACCUGUCAGAGCUUUUCUUGUAACUUUCUGUACAUUUUCUUCUUUCUGUAUAUUUCCUUCUCUGAAACUGGUUAUUCAGCAGUGGAGUAUCUCUACCAGUAAGGAUAAAAUAAUUGGAAAAACUUUUGAUCCCAAACAGGAUAUAAAAAUGUAUUUAGCAGAUAGGGAUCUUUUCAAAAACCAAUGUAUUACUUCAUCUGCUACUUAUUAGAAUUAAUUCACUCAUUCAAAAGCUAGCAACAUUUUUGCUUUUUUGGGGGGGCGAGGGGGGGAGUUGAUAAAUAUCAGAGGUUUGAGGUUGAAAAUAAUAAUGAACUGCUGAACCUAACCCCUUGACUUAUUUAGAUACCGUUCAUGAGAUAUAGAAGCUCUGUGCAAAUAUAUUUGUGAUUACUGUUAAUUUUCACCCAAAUUUGAGAAAAUUUUGAAGGCAUUUGUUUAUGUUAUUCAUAGAUGUUUAUGUUGCUAGUCAAGUGUUACAAACACCUAAGAACUUUUUAAAGGUCAGAUACCUCUUUUAUUUGUGCCACUAUGGAAAUACAUGUAAAAAUUUAUCUUGUAAAGAUACGAAAUGAUAAAAAGAAUGGCCUAUCCACAUCUAAAUAACAGAAUAUUUAUUUUGGAUCGGUUAAUAGAUUAUUAUUAUAUUAAUUUAAUUUACAAUUUAGUCAUUGUCUGUGAUAGUUCUGUUCAUUUUUUUACUUCUAUUUUGUUUUUUAAUAAAACAUAUUUUUUCACAGGGAA